UCUCCCUGCCUCCCUCCUCCCCUCUCUUGUGCUCUCUCCUCCUCUCGGCGCGUGUGCCCGCCGGUGAGGGCGCGCGCUCGGGAGGUGGCGGGGGGUUGUGCUCGCUCCUGCUCUCUCUGCUCUCUGACCCCAGUGGCAGCUCCGUCUCACUGCACUCCGGCUCCCCCUCCGUCAGACCGAGUCUGCUCUCUCCCUCUCACUGUUGUCUGUCAGUGUCUCUCGCCCUCCUCUCCGGCUCUCUACCCCUCGCUCUCUUGUCUGGUUUCUUUCCAUAGGAGCCAGCCGAGGUCCCGCCGGGUCGAAGGUUCUGCCCUACACGCCCAGACCGCCGCUACCCCCGGACGGCCGCGGACGAACCUGCCCGCUCCCCUGUUGCUGCCGCAUGGACCCGCGUCCCUCCGCCGCCGCCGCCGCCGCCGCUGCUGCUGCUGCCACCGCCACCACAGCCGCGUAGAGGGCGACCCCGACCCGACACCCUUUCUCCGACCAGAUAAAAAACGCACCAAAAAAGCCCCACACGACGAAGGCUGCCAAGCCCACAGUGGCCACUUUACUGUCAGUCAGGGAGGUCAGACAGGAGGGAAGCUCAGGGCGCACGAGGAGACGCACGGCGAAGCCCGACUGCAGUGUGUCGUGGUCGAGUUGCUCGGCUGGGUCGCUGCUCCCGCUGCUGCUGCUGCUGCUGCUGGGGGAGACUUCCUGGGCUUGUUGAGCGGCUCUGAAGGAUGACCGCUGCACGGCUCGCUGCUGAAUCCCGGUGAAUGAACGGCGUCUCAUGUCCAAACGGCGGAAGGAUGGCUCAUGGCAAAGUGACCAUCGCGGUGGACGAGUACAGCUCCAACCCCACACAGGCCUUCACACACUACAACAUCAACCAGAGCCGCUUCCAACCUCCACACGUCCACAUGGUGGACCCCAUUCCUUAUGACACUCCCAAGCCAGCAGGACACACCAGGUUUGUGUGUGUGUCAGACACACACUCGCGUACAGACGGCAUCCAGAUGCCCUACGGCGACGUGCUGCUGCACAUGGGUGACUUCACCGAGCUGGGCCUGCCCUCCGAGGUUAAGAAGUUCAACGACUGGCUAGGUGGCCUCCCGUACGAGUUUAAGGUGGUGAUCGCCGGCAACCACGAGCUCACCUUUGAUAAGGACUUUAUGGCCGAGCUGGUCAAGCAGGAUUACUACCGAUUCCCCUCGGUCUCCAAACUCAAACCAGAGGACUUUGACAAUGUCCAGUCGCUCCUCACAAACUGUGUGUACCUGCAGGACUCGGACGUCACCAUAAAGGGAUUCCGGAUAUACGGGACGCCAUGGACUCCGUGGUUUAACGGCUGGGGGUUCAACCUGCCUCGAGGUCAGUCUCUGCUGGAUAAAUGGAACCUGGUCCCUGAAGGCAUCGACAUCCUGAUGACCCACGGUCCUCCACUCGGUUUCCGAGACUGGGUCCCUAAGGAGCUGCAGCGGGUCGGCUGCGUGGAGCUGCUCAACACGGUCCAGAAGCGGGUGCGACCCAAACUUCACGCCUUCGGAGGCAUACACGAAGGCUACGGGAUCAUGACAGACGGCUACACGACGUUCAUCAACGCGUCGACCUGCACCGUCAGCUUCCAGCCCACCAACCCCCCCAUCGUGUUCGACCUGCCCAACCCCUCCAGCUCCUGAGACCAGAGGACAGGGGCGGGGAGGGUCUCGGACCGGAUAAACUACUUUUUUUCUAUAAAUAUGUCAAUUUUAAAAAAAAAAAACAAAAAAAUUCUAAGUGUUUCUUUGCAAACUUUUGGUCUUCUCCAAGCUGUUGUUGAGAUUGAGGAGAUUUGGAGACAUGGGAUGGGGUGGGGAGUUUGUGUGGGAGGGUUAAAGGAGAAUACCGGUGUUUUAUCUUUAUCUUUUCCUAUUUGUGCCAACAAUGCAGGUCUCCCUCUCAGAUUCUUGCUCGCGUAGUCUGAAAAACUUUUUUUUACCUUUUUAUCUUUAUCUUCCACAAAGUGAGAUUCAAGAGGAAACUUUUUUUUUGGUCCUUUGAUUUUGCCAUGUAGGGCUGAGCGUAUUUAAAUUGGUGCUACUUGGUGUCAAUCACCUGACCGCCCCAGCAAGAAAUGGAAACCUCAUCCAGGAAAUGAUCACUUUGCUUGAGUGCAGAACGCCAGAAGAGAGCGAGAUGAUUUAAGACCGUUUUUACUGCGGUGUGACAGCUCUUUGCAACACAGAAAACUAUCGAUAUUUUUUCAUUAUGGGGAUAUGGUGUUAUUUUAUGGUAGUAUUUUGCAAUUACAACUUCUGUGAUCAUGAAAUGAAAAACAUAACUUCAGGAAUAUUUACACUUUUGUCCUCUCCGGCCUUCCGUACUUCGGUACCAUCACAUCUGCAUGUGACGGAGGCGUAAACGAGUCAGGAUGAAUGCAGUACGUGAUGCAGAAUUUUGGAGGGAAAGUUAAAAUGAGCUGCGAGAGGCACCGGUGUUCUCCUUUUUCAGAGGGAUUUUGUGGUUGAAACAAUCUUGCUCUUGAUAAAUAUUGGUCAGAUCUGUAAGAUAAAUGAUGCUUUGUGAAUUUGUACAAUUUCUUUAUGUUUGGUUUGCAUUGGCCGGACAAUGGAUGCCAUUGUUUUAUGUUGUAUCAUCUGAUAUUUUGUGUUUAGGUCCAUUUUAUUUUAUCUUUUCUGUUUUCUGGUCAGUUCCUCUUUUCUUAUUGGCUGACAGGGACGCUGCCUUAAACUAGCUUUAAUGUUCUCAGCUAGAGCCCCACUCUCUGCGAGCUCAGAGAAAAGUCCUUAUUUAUUACCCGUCAUCCCCGCAAAACAACACCUGACUGACGCAGGGACAGCAAGCUAUCAAAUUACAACCCAAAAAAAUUACCUUUGUAACAUCCCGUUAUGGAUUUCUGAUCUAAUUUGGAAAAUGUAUGUAUAAAAUAUAUAUAUAUAUAUAUUAUAUAUUCAUGUUGUAAAACAUCUGUACUAAAAGUUGUUGGAUGAAAAAAAAAAAGGAAAUCUGGUGCGUUUUUUUUGUGUGUCUGCACCUGAUGUAUGAUUGACAAGCUUCUUGAAAUGCUCCCAUCAGACGCUCCUCGGAGCUUUCUUUAAUGUUUUUGUAUCGACUCUCGCAGUCGGGUAGACAUUCAUUUUGGAUGAGAGAGGAAAAUCUGUCAGAGUCACAAUUCAACAGGUGCCGGUUGUUCCCAGCAACUCACCUGCCUAAACAUGGUUAAGUUGUCCUUUAAAGUGUAAAUCUGAUAGUAUUUGUGUUUUAUUGCUUUUUUUUUCUAAUUUUGCACUGUGUGUAAAUGCAAUCUUGCUAGCACAAAAAAAUGUUGCCAAUAGUUGUCUCAACUUUGCAGCUGUAAAUGCUCUUUCUGUGCUCUGUUCCUCUCUCGCUCUUUCUCUGAUUGUAUCCCUCUUCAUGGAAAUGUUAGUUCUCUCUUUCAGUUCAUUGUGAUAUAUUUAGCUGCCUUUAUAUGCAAAUAAAAUUGCAAGAUUUUUACUUAUCAA